AUGCAGUCAACCUUAACUGUCUCACAAUGUUCGAGGCUGUUCUUUAUACAACAUGGUGUAAAAAAGUAUGCGAGAGGUUUUCGAAUGUCAGCUGCAAGAUGCAGCAAGCUCCAAGACAUUUUCUUGUCGAGAGAAGAGUUUGAAACGAGACAUAUCGGACCACGAGAGCAUGAACAAGCCGAAAUGCUCAAGGUCCUUGGGAUCAAGUCAUUGGAUGAAUUAACGGAAAAGGCGAUCCCAACAAAUAUUCGGCAUAAUAAAGAAUUAAAUAUUGAAAAGCCAGUGAGUGAAUUCGAUCUAAUUAAGCGAAUCAGUGCAAUCGCAGAUAAAAAUGAAAUAUGGAGAAGUUUUAUUGGCAUGGGAUAUUACAACUGCUGUAUUCCUCAUACUAUAAUGCGAAACAUCUUUGAAAAUCCUGGAUGGACGACGCAGUAUACACCUUAUCAACCAGAAAUAGCACAAGGAAGACUGGAAAGUCUUCUGAAUUAUCAGACGAUGAUAUGCGAACUGAGCGGUCUUGAGGUCGCAAAUGCCUCGCUCCUGGAUGAAGGUACUGCCGCCGCCGAAGCUCUUGGCCUCGCUCAUCGAUUUACCAAGCGGAAACGCAUCUUCGUCUCGGAUAAAGUACAUCCUCAGACGAUCAGCGUCAUCGCGACACGUGCUGCCUCCCUCAACCUCGAAUUUCAGCUCGGUGACAUCUUUGAAGUUGACACAACCCGUAAGGAUGUGGCCGGCAUCCUCAUCCAAUAUCCUGACACUACUGGCGCCAUUUGCGACUUUACCGAUCUCGUAGAGAGGGUUCAUGCCGAUGGCACGCUGGUCUGCGCUGCGGCGGACCUUCUUUCGCUGGCGAUCGUCAAGCCUCCCGGGGAGUUUGGCGCCGAUAUCUGCGUGGGAACGAGCCAGCGAUUUGGCGUUCCCCUUGGUUAUGGAGGUCCUCACGCCGGUUUCUUUGCCUGCCGGCAGAAGUUUGUGCGGAUGAUGCCAGGGCGCAUGAUCGGCGUUACCCGAGAUUCGCAAGAGCGCACGGCUUAUCGUCUGGCCCUGCAGACGCGCGAGCAGCAUAUACGUAGGGAUAAGGCUACGAGUAAUAUAUGCACUGCCCAGGCCCUACUCGCCAACAUCUCUGCCAUGUACGCGGUGUAUCACGGACCCGUGGGAAUCAAGAACAUCGCCAAUCGCGUUCACAAUUUAACCCUCGGUCUCGCAGAGGGACUUAAGGCCGACGGGCACGAGCUCGUUAGUCAGUGGUACUUCGAUACCAUUACCCUCAGGCCAAAACUGUCUAUCGAUAAGGUUAGGAAGAACGCCGAGGCGGCCAGGAUCAAUCUGAGGUAUAAUGAAAAUGGCACUGUGGGAUUGUCCUUGGAUGAAACGACAAAAGUCGAUGAUGUGAAUGAUCUUUUUAAAGUUUUUUCAACCGAUACGACAAUGGAAAAAGUUAUAGAUAGUGACCUCAUUAAAGGAAAAAAUUUGAGUAUAUCUCCAUUUCAUCGAAAAAGUUCUUAUCUAAGCCAUCCAGUGUUUCAUUCAUAUCAUUCAGAAACGAAAAUCGUUAGAUACAUGAAGUCCUUGGAGAACAAAGAUAUUUCAUUAGUACACAGUAUGAUUCCGUUAGGCUCCUGCACAAUGAAAUUGAAUUCAACGACGGAGAUGAUGCCGUGUAGCUUUAAAAAUUUUACCGACAUUCAUCCUUUCGUGCCUCCGAAGCAAUCCAAGGGUUAUCAGCAGAUAUUUGUUGAACUGGAGCGCGAUCUAUGCGAGAUCACGGGCUAUGACAACAUAAGUUUUCAACCAAAUAGUGGGGCUCAAGGCGAAUACGCGGGUCUUAGAUCAAUACAGUGUUACCACGAGUCCCGGGGUGAUAGUAACCGAAAGGUCUGUCUGAUACCGGUAUCCGCCCAUGGCACGAAUCCGGCCUCAGCUCAAAUGGCCGGCAUGACGGUCAAACCAAUAAAUGUGAGAAAAGAUGGAUCCAUCGAUGUCGAACAUCUUAAGGCGAUGACGGACAAAUUCAAGGACACUCUCUCGUGUUUAAUGAUUACGUAUCCAUCGACGAACGGCGUGUUUGAGGAGACAAUCGGCGACGUUUGUGAACUUGUUCAUAAAGCCGGUGGUCAAGUUUAUUUAGAUGGGGCGAAUAUGAACGCGCAGGUAGGACUCUGCAGACCUGGCGAUUAUGGCAGUGACGUAUCACACCUCAAUCUGCAUAAAACAUUUUGCAUACCGCAUGGCGGUGGAGGCCCUGGAAUGGGUCCGAUCGGUGUCAAGAGGCACUUGGCGCCAUUCCUGCCCAGUCAUCCUAUCGUUAAUCCAAUUACCGGCGAAAUCAAGGUGAGUCGAGGAGUGGGCGCAGUAUCCGCGGCACCCUACGGCUCUUCCGCGAUACUUCCCAUCUCUUGGGCUUAUAUAAAGAUGAUGGGGCCCGGGGGAUUGCGCAAAGCAACACAGGUUGCUAUCCUCAACGCCAACUAUAUGAGCAAGCGACUCGAGAAAUUCUAUAAGAUCUUGUAUAAGGGCAAGGCCGGCUUCGUCGCCCAUGAAUUCAUUCUCGAUAUUCGAGAUCUGAAAAAGAGUGCCAACAUCGAGGCGGUGGACAUCGCCAAGAGGCUCAUGGACUAUGGCUUUCAUGCACCUACCAUGAGUUGGCCAGUGGCUGGUACCUUUAUGAUCGAGCCCACCGAAUCCGAGGACAAGACCGAGCUUGACCGAUUUUGUGAUGCUUUUAUUUCUAUUAGACAAGAAAUUCAAGAUAUUGAAGAUGGGAAGUUAGAUGCCAAUAUUAAUCCACUUAAAAUGGCACCUCAUACACAAGAGCAAGUUAUUUCCGACAAGUGGGAUCGACCUUAUUCUAGAGAGCUUGCUGCCUUUCCAACCCCUUCUGUGAAAGGAAGUACGAAAAUGUGGCCUACAGUCGGUAGAAUAGACGAUAUUUACGGUGACACAAACCUAUUUUGUACCUGUCCACCGAUUUUCUCUGAACAAUAAAUUAACAGAAUGUACAUAGUAAUUUAUUAUUACGAUUAGCUAUGUUUUACAUAGUUACAUCUUAAAUUUUUUUUAGGUUGCACCCACAAGUUAAAAUAUCUGUAAAUAUUAUCUUUAAG